AUGGCGCCUCCGCAGAAAUCCGAUCAAGAAAUCGCGUCCGACUUCACAUGGUACUACCUUCAGCGCGCCACGCAAGAGUUCGCUGAGGAUCUCGACAAGGUGCGCGCCGCCGACGACUUCAAGAACGAUUCCCUCACAAUCAUCGUGAGCGCGCUGAAGCAGGGGACUGCGCUAUUUUCCCCUGAAGAGCAGAGGAGGAUCAUUACCACUGCGGCUCGCCCAGAAAGCAAGCCCUGA